ACACACACUCUCAUUCACUAACUUUUAGUUUUACCCCCCCCCCCGCUCUCUCCCAAUCUCUCUCUCGCUCGCUCUCUCUGCCACCAAUUUCCUAUUCACACCUAUACUUUUAGUAAUAAUAUAAUAACACACCCACAUAAUACAUGUACUAAUAUUUUAUAUAUACAGAUCGAUUAUGCUUGGACACGACUGCAUCAAUCAUUCCUAGCUUCAUCUCUCUCUCUCUCUCUCCCCCCUCUCCAGUGAGAUUUUCCGAUGGAAGUAUACCAAGCAAAUCACCACCCUUGAUUCCUCUAACUACACACCAAUCUCGUUCUUGUUCUUUCUUUCUCUGUAAAGUUUGACUUUUAGCUAUUUUUACUUGGAUUUUAUCAGAUGGGUCAAUGCAGUUUUGUUGUUUUCUUCACUGCUACAAUCAUCUCUCUCGCUACUGUUCUUGCUGCAACUUCUGGGGAUUCUGAUCCCAAUUACAUAGCUUGUGUUGAUGAAUGCGAGAAGACUGGAUGUGUGGCAGCCAAGUGUUUCCAACACUGCAAAUUUUCAUCUGAUGGAAAGUCUAUAGACGGUCCAUGGUAUUUACAAGAACCACUCUAUCUACAGUGGAAACAAUGGGAUUGUCGUAGUGACUGUAGAUACCACUGUAUGCUCGUUAGGGAGGAAGAGAGAGAAAAACUUGGUGAAAAACCUAAUAAGUAUCACGGAAAAUGGCCAUUUCGACGUGUUUUUGGGAUUCAGGAACCUGUGUCUGUAGCUCUUUCUGGGCUUAAUCUUGCUAUGCAGUUUCAAGGUUGGGUGUCCUUUUUUAUCCUUGUGAACUACAAAUUACCUCUUAAGCCAGACAGGAAGACGUACUAUGAAUACACUGGUUUGUGGCAUGUCUAUGCUAUCUUAUCAAUGAACGCCUGGUUCUGGAGUUCUGUUUUUCACAGUCGAGAUGUUGAUAUAACAGAGAAACUAGACUACUCGUCUGCUAUUGCACUGCUUGGAUUUUCCCUUAUUUUGGCUAUAAUACGAGUUUUUAGUGUGAGAACCGAAGCUGCCAGGGUUAUGGUUGCUGCUCCUCUGCUUGCAUUUGUGACAACUCAUAUUUUGUACCUUAAUUUUUACCAAUUUGACUAUGGUCUGAACAUGAAAGUGUGUGUGACCAUGGGUUUAUUGCAAAUUCUUUUGUGGGCAAUCUGGGCUGGGGUCACUCAUCAUCCAUCUCGCUGGAAGUUAUGGGUGGUUGUGAUCGGAGGAGGUCUUGCCAGUCUAUUAGAGAUAUACGACUUCCCGCCCUACAAAGGAUUUGUGGAUGCUCAUGCACUCUGGCAUGCAACGACCGUACCACUCAGUUUCCUCUGGUGGAGCUUCAUCAGGGAUGACAGUGAAUUCAGAACAUCAGCCCUAAUCAGGAAGAUAAAAUAAAAACUACCUUGUGCCGACAGCUGGUGGAUUGUAUUAACUUUUCCGCGUCUUUGUUAAUUCCACGGUAGGAGCUAUGGCUUUUUUCUCACGUUUUGCAUUUAUGUAAAUGCUGGUUAUCGUGAGUUUCUUUGUUUAUUUUCUGUUUGAUUGGUCAUGAUUGAUCAAUUUGGUUCUGUAUACUGUUGUUUACAUGUAUUCUGUAAUUAGACUCAAAUAUAUGAUUUUUGUUUGAUUUUUA